AGCUGGCAAUUCAGGUGGACGAGCACAAGUUUAUGAGCAAUCUACAGUGCGGAUCUAAAUGUACCGUCACGCCAAUCGGGAGCUAGUACGGGUGUAGUCUCUAUAGUUUAGACUCAAAUAACACUAGGAUUGUUUCUCACUCGAUGACCACUUUCGCUCUCGCUCCUUAAAGCGCUACAAUGUCAGUCGCCGGAGGGAGGAGAUCUAGUUCCAAAGGAAAGUCUCCGACCAAUCGCAGAAACAGCAGUGCCAACCGCCGAAGCAGCGCGGGAGGAAAUAGUAAAUCUCCGGGCGGCGGAGCGGCGCGCGGGCGUAGUCCCGGCGGUGCGAAGGCCGGCACAACUACCGGAGCUACUUCAUCCUCCACUACUGCCGCAGCGACGAGCAGUUCCUCUAGUUCCUCCACCGGUCAGCUAAAUACGAAAGCGAAAACGCAAUCUGCGUCCAAAACCACAGCGACCGCUGCCGCAAACCGGGCACGAAACAAAACACCGUUGACGUCGCUCGCACGGAAAAGGAAAAUGGCCGCACUGGUGAAGCAAUCCGGCAGGGGCAGGAGUGCCGCCAAGGACAGUGAAUUGCAACCGGUACUGGAGCCGGAAGAGGUGGACGACGACGUGGAUUCAGAGCCGAAACUCCAGCCGGAUUUGCGGGGCGACUACGGAAACGUCGCCAUUUUGCUUGCGCUAUACACGUUGCAGGGUAUUCCGAUGGGCUUCGCCAGUACCAUUCCACUGCUGCUGAAAGAGCGAGGGGUCAGCUACUCUCUGAUCGGGCUGUUUUCCAUGACGCACUGGCCGUUCUCGAUGAAGCUGCUGUGGGCACCCAUUGUGGACUCGUGCUACAUGGACAAAGUGGGGCGGAGAAAAACCUGGCUGAUACCGGUAUUUAUUUUUUGAUGCUUCUUUUCAAUCCGGAAGUUGUGAAAUAGAGACAGAAUUAUACUGGGUGCAGGAAAUCAAAAGACUGUACAAAAGUUUUUCAAAGUGGCAAAUACCUAAGCACUUGACUUGUAUGAAAACCAAUGCAGACCCAACUGUUUAUCGGCGUGGUUCUCAUCCUCCUUUCCAACGUUUUCAAUGAGUGGUGCGGCGGUUUGGAUAUGCACCACCCGGAUAAAACGCUCGGCGAAAUCAACAUGACCGGCCUUACCGCGAGUUUUUUCUUCCUCUACUUUCUGUGCGCGACUCAAGACAUCGCGGUGGAUGGGUGGGCGCUGACCAUUCUGCGUGAGGAAAACGUGGGCUACCAGUCCAUGUGUAACGGCGCGGGGCAGACGCUUGGCUACGCGUUUGCCUUCAUCGGCGCCCUGAGUUUGAAUCAUUUCAAAAUCCUCGGCUUCGACCAGUUCAUGUAUUUGUGCGGCGUCGCGUUUCUGAUCACUACCAUGUUGGUCGGGGUGUUCAAAAGUGAAAAACCCGUGGCGAAGGACGAAGAGGUCGAAGGGCUGUAUGAGGUAGAAAAGACCUUACUGUGAAAUAUUUAACCGAUAGAGAUCGUUUUUCAAUAAAUCGCAAUAUUCAACAUCGUUGUUGCAAAAAAAAAGCAAGCGCGAUAUCGAAAACGAAUUGCCAUAAUCUAUCACUAGGUUUACAAGCAGUUGUAUGGGAGUGUCAGGAUUGAAAUCGUCAGAGUUGAAAUAAUUUCUCAUGCAGGAAUUGCAACGCAUGAAGUGCCUCUCUUGCCGGGAUGGCAAGAGAGGCCGACUGUAAGCCUGUUUGGGGUCUGAAAUAGAGCUGCUCAAGUAGCAUGACAUCAUACACCGUCUGUCUCGAAACACCAUGACAAACUGGAUUUAGACGGUGCCGAGAUUUGUGAUGCACCGCUUAGAAAUUGGGCUUCCAACUGCCAUCCAUUUUAUGCAUCACAAACUAUUUCAACUUUGACGAUUUCAAUCCUGACAGUUCCAUAAGUUGCUGGCGAUGUGGCGGCUGAGGACGAUUCGAGGACUUGUUGCAAUCCUUUUCUUCUGGAAGAUUCCUUUCGCAGGGUGCGAAGCGAUUGUCACCUUGAAGAUGCAGGACCAUGGAAUUCCCAAGGAACAUAUCGCGUACAUUGGCGCAGCGUGCACGGUUCUGUCCGUGUUUGUGCCACUGAUUCUCUCUAAGUGGACGUCGGGCAACCGGCCAUUUGACGUCUGCAUCUCACUGUAUAGAGACAUCAAAUUUUUCGAUUUUGACACACAUCUGUUUUUCUCGUGCGGCACUACUUGAAUUGCGGUUCUACUUUGAGUCUUGAUGUCAGACAGUUACUCGCAGGCCAUAAGAGGCGAGCAAAGGGUUGAUUUCUUACGUAUGAUUAUGAAUCUCGACAGCAGCAAUACAAAAUCCAACCCAAACGCCUUCCUCAGAUACCUCCCGCGCAUCCUUAUGUGCUUCGUUAGCAUGGCGAUGGUGUACUACUGUCCCAACGUGGCGAAGUUACCAGAGUUUCCGAUCGUCUACUACUUUCUGAUUGGCGUGACCAGCAUCAUCGGAGUCUUCAUCUCCACCACCAUGUUUGUGGCGCAGAUGAGUUACUACGCCAAGGUUUCGCCGAAGGACAUCGGCGGAACCUACAUGACGCUCUUGAACACGUUUGGCAACAUGGGGAGUAUGUGGGUCACUCCCUUAGCGUUCUCGAUGGUGGACUGGCUUACCGUCACCCAGCCCAAUCCCCUGUGCCUGAAAAACCCGAAAGACACGGACUGUAAACCAACGACGGUUGUGGACGGUUUCUACGUCAUGAGCGCUAUCUGUGCGGUGGUCGGGUUCUUGGGGUACUCCUUGCUACGCCGGAAAGCGACGACGUUGCAAAAUUUUCCGAAAAGCGAAUGGAAAAUUGUAAAAGCGUAACCUAGUAGAGAAUCAGCGACGCCACGACAUAUUGCGGAAAACCGAAUAUUUGCCAAAGCAUGCGAAUGUUCGAUGAGUACAGAUUUGACUCGACAACCGAGCGGCUGUGUACUGGGUUUUAUACUGGCACAGGUUUUUUCGUUAACAUUUCACUAGGCCGCAGGCGGAAAAU